CCCCCCGGCUGAACCAACAAACGCGUUGUUACCCGUGGUUAUAAUCGGUUCUGACCGGGUGCGAGCCGAAGCUCCGGUGGACUGCCCAUGAACGGUACCGUCAUGGCCGCGUCCUCUCACCGGAUAACUCUGGGCCCGCUGGUUGCUGCURUCGACCAGGGGACGAGCUCCACUCGGUUCUUGGUGUUUAACUCCAAAACAGCAGAGCUGCUCAGCCAUCAUCAGGUGGAAAUCAAACAGAGCUUCCCCAAGGAAGGAUGGGUGGAGGAAGAUCCCAAAGAGAUUCUGCAGUCGGUGUACGAGUGCAUGGAGCGCACGUGUGAAAAACUGAUGCAGCUGAACAUCGACAUCUCAAACAUUAAAGCUAUUGGAGUAACCAACCAAAGAGAGACCACACUGGUUUGGGACAAAGAGACGGGGGAGCCGCUCUACAACGCCAUCGUGUGGCUGGACCUACGCACACAGUCAACAGUGGAGCGUCUCAUUAAUAAAACUCCAGGAAGGAAUAAGAAUCAUUUAAGACAUAAAACAGGGCUCCCGAUCAGCACUUACUUCAGCGCGGUGAAACUUCGYUGGCUGAUGGAUAACGUCAGUGAGGUCCAUGAAGCUGUCGUGUCUCACCGCGCCAUGUUUGGCACCGUCGACUCCUGGCUCAUCUGGUGUUUAACUGGAGGCAAAUCCGGCGGAGUCCACUGCACUGACGUGACCAACGCCAGCAGAACCAUGCUGUUUAACAUUCACACAAUGGACUGGGACCCAGAACUCUGCAAAUAUUUUGGUAUACCUAUGGAGAUUUUGCCCAGAGUGAGGAGUUCAUCAGAAAUAUAUGGUCUCAUGAAAAUAUGUUCUAGCCGGAAAUCUGGAGCUUUAUCAGGUAUUCCCAUAUCAGGGUGCCUUGGGGAUCAGUCGGCAGCUCUUGUUGGACAGAUGUGUUUUCAGGACGGUCAAGCUAAAAACACGUAUGGGACCGGCUGCUUUCUUCUGCGAAACACUGGAUCCAAGCCCGUUAUGUCCGACCAUGGUCUGCUCACCACUGUCGCCUACAAACUUGGUCGAGACAAACCCGCCUGUUACGCUCUGGAGGGAUCUGUGGCCAUUGCGGGAGCUGUGGUUCGCUGGCUGCAGGACAAUCUCGGGAUCAUUGGAUCAUCCGAAGAGCUCGAGAAGUUGGCUGCAUCAGUCGGCACGUCCUACGGUUGUUACUUCGUUCCUGCGUUUUCAGGUCUUUACGCGCCGUACUGGGAGCCGAGCGCACGAGGGAUUAUUUGUGGAUUAACUCAGUUCACUAAUAAGUACCACCUAGCUUUUGCUGCUCUGGAAGCCGUUUGUUUCCAAACACGAGAGAUCCUGGACGCCAUGAAUCAGGACAGUGGCAUCCCUCUAACUCAGCUGCAGGUGGACGGAGGAAUGACGUCCAACAGGCUGCUGAUGCAGCUGCAGGCCGACAUUCUCUGCAUCCCUGUUGUGAAGCCCUCCAUGCCUGAGACCACAGCUCUGGGUGCAGCGAUGGCAGCGGGAGCAGCAGAGGGGGUGAGCGUGUGGAGCCUGAACCCCGAGGACCUGAGUGACGUCACGUCGGAGAAGUUCGAGCCUCAGAUCAACCCUGAAGAGAGCGAGUUUCGGUACGCACGGUGGAAAAAAGCGGUGGAGAAAUCUAUGAACUGGGAGACGACGCAGCCUGUUCCUAAUGGAAAAGGUGAAACGAGCAUUUUCUGCAGCGUUCCCCUGGGGUUUUACAUCAUGGGCAGCAUGGUGAUGUUAAUCGCUGCAAAAUACAUCACAGGUAACCACUAGCCUCAGACACCUGGAGGUUGUAAAGCAAAGUGGAAAGUGCGGGGUGGGGUGUGUGUGCUCACCCUGCCGGACCACCACUCGUGUUCUUGUUGCACUUCUCCCUACGAAAACCAUUCCAGAAGAAUGAAGAAACAAGCCUUUAGCGCACUAAACGGGACAUUUGUUAAAAAAAAUAGUUGUUUGUUUAUCUGUAGAUUAUGUUGGCAUGCCAGAAUAAUUUUAGCAGGAUUGUAAAUGCACUGAUUCCCAUGUUCUUUUACAGAGUAGACAUGAAUUUGGAGUUUAUUUAAAGAAGCUAUACUGUCUGGUUUUAUUUGCAUUACGUGUCACUUCACUGUUCAUCCUGACCGGUUGGUUCUUCAACAGUCAUCCUAAACGCUUGUCUGUUCAAGACCUGCCAAUGUGAGCUAGAGACGUUUUUUAGAGCACUUUGUUUUUGUUUUCGUCUCAUGGGUGCGAUGCGCCAACAGUCUGUGACGGCGAGGCAGCCUGUCCUGACAUGAAAACAAGGGAAGGAAGGAAUCUGAGGAGCAGAAGGGUUGGGUUUUUUUUUUAUUAUGAAAACGACGCUUCAACUGCUUGAAGUUUUGGCCAAAAAAAAAAAAAAGAGAUGGUUGUAAAUUUUUAUAUAAGAAACGCAAUUUGAUCUUUAAAAUGAUUCAAAUCUAACCUCAAAUCUUCAAAACUAGACAAGAACUAUCAUUGUUUUUAAGCAGAAAUGAAGCCAAAAUGCAAAUGUGCCCUGUCUAAAAUAAACAGUAACAGUGAAGCACGGUGGUGGAAGGCUCAUGAUUUGGGCUCGUUCUGCCACCACAGGACUUCAGUUCAACUUCAGCUCCUCUCUACACAAAAGUAUUUUAGAGUGAAAUUUGAGGCUGUUUGUUCGACAGCUUUAUUUUUCACACAUUUAUUGCAUUUUUGCUUCUUUUCUGUUUAAUAAAUAAGGACUUCUCUCAUCUAUUUUUGCCCACUUGAGUUUUAGAAACUGAUUUGUGUUAUCUCCUGAUACAGAGAAGCUGAAUUAAUGUUUUAUUUCAAGGACUUUCUUGGCUCAGAUUCUAAAAACACCUGAGUUUCAUAAUUGCCCCUCUGGUUACAGGCUGACCUGACGAUUAACAGAAGCUGCAAGUUUAUCUCAUUAUAGCUUUUAUUUUAUUUUAUUUUUUGUCUUGAAAAGCUGAAAAAACUAUUUGCAGCAAAGAAGCUGUGACAUUCUAAAACAAAUUAAUCUGCCAAAUUGUUUCAGUCAGCACCGAGGUUGGUAAAUAUUUCUGGAAUUAUUGGAACGUUUAAUCGUUUUCUGUGCUGUUUGUUUUUAUUUUGAGGAGUUAAACGAGUUGUGUCAGUAUUUCUUGCAUUCACUGUAGGAAAUCGAAACAAAAAGAAAGCCAGUGUUUAUCUUCAGGUUUUAACAAACGGAACAAAGUUUUUUUAUUUUAUUUUUUUAAUUGCAUAAAAUGGUUUAGCGAUUGCUUUGUAAAUUUGUGCAGUAACUUAUUAAACUGUAAAGUACAUUACAGUGCGUUAAACAACUGCCUGUUUGGUUGGGAGGCAUGUCGAGACGUGAAACUGUAAAACAAAAUUUUUUUCCUUUUUUUUUUUUAACUCUACAUCUUUUUCCAUGAUGGUAUAAUGCGUUUGUGACAAUGAAGUUGUGCAACUUUGUUGAGGAUUUUGUUGCAUUAAAGAUAAAUUAAACCCUGAA